GACCGAGAAAGGCAGAAAGGGGCAUUCCCGCCCCCACCAAAUCAAAUCUCUUAUUCCCACUUUUGGCUCUUUCUGCCAUUUUCCCCUUGUUACUUUUGAAUCUUACAAGGAAAAAAAAAAUACAGAGAGAGAAAAAUACAGAGAAAAAUGGAAGAUGAGAAGAUAGAAGAAGCUGGGUCAUCUUCAUUUGCUGGGGAAGAGAGAGAAAACUCAAGAGAUGAAGAAGAAGAUGAAAUUAUACAUGAAUUUGAUGAUGGGUCUUUUGCUAAGUUUGUUCCUCCCCCUCUCGUUCCUCUCCAACACCAUCUUGAAAAAGACAAGGAUGAUGAAAGCUUAAGGAGGUGGAAAGAGAAGCUACUAGGUUGUGUUGAAGGCGAAUUGAAUGGCCAAGUGGAACCUGAAGUUACAUUUCACUCCAUAGGAAUAAUGUCUAAUCACAUUGGAGAAAGUAAUACUCCCUUGCCUCUGGAUGAAAGCGAGAGCAGCAAAGUGCUAUUUUCGCUCAAAGAGGGGUCUCAAUAUCGUUUUAAACUCACAUUCACUGUUAAGCACAAUAUAGUCUCUGGUCUUGCCUACUCUAAUACAGUGUGGAGAGCAGGAGUUCAAGUGGAUCAAAGUGAAGGAAUGUUAGGUACCUUUGCUCCGCAACAGCACCCCUAUGUACACCUCCUAGAUGAGGAAAUUACACCCUCUGGUGCUCUAGCAAGAGGAGUAUACCCGGCAAAGCUGAGGUUCAUGGAUGAUGACAAGAAAUGUCACAUGGAGCUAAGUUACAACUUCGAAAUUAUUAAGAGAAGCUAAAUGCUCAUGGCGUUCUCAUUGCAAAUCUGUUAUGCUUCUUUCUUCAUUUCAUGUUGAACAGACUUUACAGGCUUUUGAUGAUAUAUUAGGCAUUACAGAGAUUUGAACCAAAACUUUUACAAAGAUGAUAGAAAACUUUGUACAAGUUAUUUUACGUAAAUUUGCUUGCGUCUUCUUGUAAAUAUUCACAUAUACAAACUAUAUUGUGUAUCAUGAUUAACUUCUGGAAGCUGCACAACGGGCAAAGGCUCCGCGUAGCUUUGUUGGCAA